GAAUAUUAUUGUUUUUUUUUUUUAUUCUGAUUAAAUAAAAAGAAUAAUAUAUCCUGGCCAGGGCGCUGCAGCCAGCAUGUCAGACGAGCACGUUCGUCAGGCAGCCUCAAGCUUCGAUAGGCUUGAGAACUUCAACUUCCUUCUUUCUCGACACGAUCCCGCCGUGGCAAAGAGUCGACAUUAUUCUUUCGACGCCGACUCGGCUGGUCUCGCAUCGCUCCAACAUUUGAACAUGGAUUACGAUCAGACCGAGGGAAUGGGCGGUCUAUCCGUCAGUUCCUACGACAGCAUUGAAGACGACCGCAGCCCCAUCGACGUGCGAGGGUAUCCCUACCAUGCAGGAGACAAGUCAGUGAACUACUCUCUGCCCGAUCAAAUGAUUUCCUAUUCAGCCCACCCCAUCUAUCCUCCUAUCUCUUAUGGAGCUUCCGAUGACCUCGGGCACGGUGCGGGGGCCAUGACCCCCUCGGAUGUCUCCUCGUCGAUAUCCCCGCCCAACGGCCAGAUCGGCAACAACAAGUACAGCACAUCCAUCUCGAGCGACCACAUCGCCUCCGCGCUCGGCCAGGAAGAGGGCGGGCGGGUUGCGGCCGAGGAAGACCGGCGACGUCGGAAUACGGCCGCCAGCGCCCGGUUCCGCAUGAAGAAGAAGCAGCGCGAGCAAGUUCUCGAGCGCACGGUACGAGAGACCACCGAGAAGAACGCCAGUCUCGAGGCCCGGGUGGCUCAACUCGAGAUGGAGAACCGGUGGUUGAAAAACCUCCUGACCGAGAAGCACGAGGCGACCGGCACCCGCAUGGGCCCUCCGUCACAGGAGACGUUGAACCAGAAGAGCAACGGGAGCAACGGGCAAAAACAUAUCCAGCCAAAAAAGAAGGGCGUGGGAACCGAUCACUAGGUAUCAAAAUGAAGUGAUUUUUGGUUCUUGUUUUUGUGAAUAUACGCCUCUUUUCGGGUUCUUGGCUUGUUAGCUUGCUAUACCUGUUUUGUCUUUUUCGUCACGUUGUCUUCAUAUCCUGUCGUCUUUUUUCUGGUUUUCCUUUUUAUAUCCGACCGAUCAUCCACUGGAUGAAGUCACAUGACGAUGUCACGAGUUUCUCUUUUUGUCAUCUGGGAUGCGAGGUUCGAGGGAUAGGGGUAUCUAGUGGAUGGUUCCGUUGCGACAUACGAUUGAACCGCUAGAGGGCAUCGAGUUUAUGGUCAUUUCGGUGGGCGGGGAAUAGCAGCCGGGUCUAUCUAUCUCCCUUUUCGUGUUUGAUUUUGAUUUUGGGUUUGCCCGCCGUCGGAGUAUCAAGGAGGGUUCUGAUCUACUUGCUAGCUACGGGUUUCUUGCCACUUUGUGAUUUUUUUGAUACGUUCUAUUUGCUGGUGUUGGAUUGAUGCGUUUUUGGACUCGCGAACUUGAACAUUGAUUGAUUGACUAUUUGAAUAAAGAGCCAAGAGCCAAGAGCCAACUACGAG